CCUAAAAUACCCCCCACAUUGCUCCUCCCAGUCCCCAACCUCUCUCUCUUCUUCUAUCUUCUUCCGCCGGGGAGAUCCGCGCCUGCCAUCGCCGCCGCCGACGGCCUUUUGCUUCGAUUGAUCCUAAUCUGUGUAACCUCUCUCCUCUUCUUUGUGAUUCCAGCUGGACUUAUUGGAGGCUUUGAAUUGAUGAUUGGAUGUGGAGUUGUUGAUGUCUCUUUCUGUUGCUGGUAAAUAAUAAUGGUUCAGGUGAAACUUAGGGUUUCUCUUACCUCGUUUGUUGGAUCCUACGGUGAAAUUGAUACGUGAAAAGUUGUUUAGUUGUACGUGCUCGUAGUUUUUCUAUUCUGUGAAUGUUAUCCGCGUGAAUCGUGUUCAGGGAAUCGUUCUGUUAUCUAGUUUUAGGGUGAAACCUAUACUCGGUCCUGUUAUCAAGUUGCUGAUUAAGUUCAUGAUCUGUUCUCUGUUGCAAUUUGUUGUAUUUCGCUAUUAAUCAUGAAGAGAUUGAGGUCGAGUGAUGAUCUUAAUUCGUCAGAAGAAAAAACUGCUUCCAAGGAUUGGGCAAGAAAGGAUGAUGAUGCAAAAUUGAGCCGUUCCUCGUCUCACAGAAACUUCUACUACAAAUCUGAAAAUGGGAGGAAGGGUUUGUCGCCAUCAUCUUCAAGGUAUGAUAGGAUGGAUGAUGACCGUGAUAGCUCGCGAGUGAUUAGGAAACGAUCUGAUUAUGAUUCUGAGAGUUACGAUAGAAGAAAGAACUAUGAUCGUUAUAGGGAUUCUUGUGACAGGGGGAUCUUGAGUUCUCCGCGAAUUGGAUACGGUGGUGACCGUUUCCAUCGCUCUGAGAGCUUCUCUGUGUCGAAGCGAGAUAUCCCUAAAGGGUUCAGAUCAGAGAGAGAUAGAUCACGACGUGAAGGUAGUGUUUCGUCAUGGCGAAGAUUUGGUACUGAGAAAGAUGGUGAUGAAGGUAACAGAUCUGCUAGUGACACUGGAAGAAGCAGUAAGGUUUUCUCAGAAGAUAAAAGGAGUUCAAGGUCCCCUCAUGGACCAAGAGACGUCAAGUCACCAACUGUGUCCAAGGACUCAGAGAGUGAGCAGUCAAAGAGUGUUGAAUUAAAGAAGAGUGAAGAGCUGCUUGUUCCGAAUCAAUGUAGCAGUGAGAGGGAAGAAGGGGAGCUGGAACCCGAACCUGAUUCCGGAGUCGAAAUGGCGGUUAGGAAUGUGCAUUUAGUAGAAGAUUCUGGCGUUUCAGGCUUGAAUGCUGCUCAAAUUGAGUUUAACAGCAAUGAUUUGGUUUCAAGUAAAAGUAUGGAAGACGUAUCAACAUCUGUAUCUGGGAAAGAUAUGGAUAAGGUUGUUGUCCAUGAGGAGAAACCAGUAGUUGAACAUCCAGAAGCUUCUAUCAAUCAAGUAACUGAGGUUGAAGAGUCAAGAAAUGGACAUAGUAAUUUAGAUCAAGAAACGAUAGACCCUAAAUGUGCAGCACAAGGAGAAACAGAUACUGUUGAUAGUAAAAAGGAAGAGAACAUUUCUGGUGAGGGCGCCUGUGAUGCAUCUGUACUCAAGUCCAUACCUUCAGAAGAUGAACCAAGGGAGAGAGUGGGCAUGGAACUUGAAGCCAGGUCAGAGAAUAUGACCUUGGCCCAAUCUAAUAAGGAAAUCAAAGAGCAAGCUGAAGUACCUGUAGUUGCACUAUCUCUCAUAACAGAAGGGCCAGCAGUUACCAAAGAUAAGGGCAAAAGCAUUGCUGUUCUACAUACGACCUCUGAAUUGAGAAAGGAAAUGAUGAUAAAAGUUGAAGGAGAUUCAAAAAGUUUAUCAUCUUCCAGUGACAACCAUACAGAAGAAAUAGGUCUGAGGGGCUUGGAUCUGUUCACCAGAGAUCCUGUUAGAGGCAAAGAGAAACCUAACGGAAGCUGUUCAAGUAUGCCGAAAGUUGAAAAGCAAGUCUCUGAAUCACUUGAACUUUCUCUUAGCUUACCAAAUAUUUUAUUACCAAUUACUUCUCGAAACCUGACUAAGGCACCCGGUUCCCCUACUCAUUCUAUUAGUGCUCAAUCUCUUCCAAGCUCCUACCAAACUAAUCCUGAUGGGUUUACCAUGUCAAUGUCUAUGUCAGGCACUGAUGUAUUCUCCCACGACCCUAGCUGUUCUUUGACACAGAACACUAGGGACAAUGGUGAAGGAUCAGUCAAAAGUCGACCAAUGUUUCAAGGAAUAGAUCAAGGAUGGUAUACUCAGACUUUAUGUGAACCAGAUAAAAAAGGUGUCCCUUCUUAUCAAAGAAAAUCUUUAACAGGAGAUAGUUUUUUUCAUGAAUCUCGAGUUUUGUCCAGUAUGGCAAAUGGUCAGGGUGGUCUACAAAGGCAACAAUUCAGUUCUGCUGAAGGAAGCUCAGCAUUACCAAUUAAAACGGAUAUGCAGUCGAUUUUGCCUUCUAUGCGGUUAUCAGGAGUCAGAGUAGGGCAUAAGACUGAUGGGAUGUCCUUACUACAGGGUGUUGGAUCUCAAGAAAAUGAUAUCGAUUUUAACAGAGAUAAGAAACAUGCAGCAAGAGAAAGAAGUAGUAGUAAUUUAAGCAGGAGUAGGAACCAGAAGGAAAAAGAACAAAAUUUGAUUGGUGGAUCUGACUUUGCAGAGUCUAUGAUUUGCAUGAUAGUUUCUCAUCCUGUACAUGCAAUGGUCAAUAGAUUUAAUGAAUUGAGUGUACAAUCUAUUGGAUGCUUGAAGGAGAGAGUGAGGAAUAUCUUGUCCGAAGCUGACAAGCUAUCGCAACUACGCGUCUUGCAAAAGGCACUACAUGCCAGAUCAGAUAUAACCCUAGAGAUGCUGCUUAAAAGCAAUCGUUCUCAACUAGAGGUCAUGGUAGCUUUGAAAACAGGAAUACCAGAUUUCCUUAAGCAAAAUAAUGAUACUUCUAUUUCUAAUCUGGCCGAGAUCUUUCUUAACUUGAUGUGUAAAAACCUUGUUUGUAAGAAUCCUUUACCUGUGGAUGAAUGUGAUUGCAAAGUUUGUUCGCAGAAGAGUGGGUUCUGCAGCAAUUGCAUGUGUCUUAUUUGUUCAAAGUUUGAUAUGGCAUAUAAUACAUGUAGUUGGGUGGGGUGCGACGUCUGCUCCCAUUGGUGCCACACUAAUUGUGCCUUACGUGAGUCAUAUAUUAGGAAUGGACAGAGUAUAAGCGGCGUUCAAGGAACAACUGAGAUGCAAUUUCACUGUGUUGCCUGUGAGCAUCCCUCAGAGAUGUUUGGUUUUGUAAAGGAGGUCUUUCAGAAUUUUGCAAAGGAAUGGACGACUGAAGUUCUUUGCAAGGAGCUCGAAUAUGUUAAAAGAAUCUUCUCUGCCAGUGAAGAUGUAAUAGGGAAGCGGAUUCAUGAAAUUUCUGUUCAGAUGUUGUCGAGAUUGGCAAACAAGUCAAAUCUUCAGGAGGUUCAGACCUAUAUUCUGGGAUUCCUUGCUGAUAGUAAUUCCACCAAGUAUGCCGCCAUUGGGAGCAAUUCAUGGAGCAAAAACCAAGAAGGAGCAAAUGGGUUUACCAGCCAAGAAGCCAUAUGGUCUAAAAGUACUCACUAUCCAUGGACCCAACCAGAAAAAGCAUCGAGCUCAUUACUUGGAUUUGAAUCCAUGCAGAAGAGUAAAGAUCCUCUGGAUGCUUCAGACAUGCUUCAGACUUAUCAAAAAGAGCCUGUUUUUGACGAGUUAGAGAGCAUAGUGAGAAUCAAGCAGGCAGAGGCUAGAAUGUUCCAGACACGUGCAGAUGAUGCUAGAAGAGAAGCUGAGGGUCUGAAACGCAUUGCGUCCGCUAAGAACGAAAAGAUCGAAGAGGAGUAUGCUACACGCAUUGGUAAACUGCGAAUGGCGGAGGCGAAGGCGGAGGAAAUUCAAAAGCAGAAACUCGAGGAGUUUGAAGCCCUAGACAGAGCUUGUCGAGAGUAUUUCAACAUGAAGAUGAGAAUGGAAGCAAAUAUCAAAGAACUGCUGCUGAAAAUGGAAGCAACCAGAAGGAAUCUAUCUAAGUGACUGACUCUUUGUGGUAAAUUUCAGUAAGCUUAUGUUGUUGUUUAACAUAUAUAUAUAUUAUAACUCUUAACUAGGAUCUCCAUUUUAAUUUUGUCUUAUCAUCUCCCUCCUCCUCCUCCUAACUAGGAUCUGUACUGUGGUUUCUUGCUUUCUUCUCCUCCCCCCAUGUAGACAAAAUCUACAUAGAAGGUAUAGGGUAAAUUUAGGCCAAAUAUUAUGUUCCUUGAAAAGAAAUUCUCAUUCUACUUUGAGUAUUGAGAUUUAGUUAUGAUAUAGUGAAACUGGUUCUUGUUUUGGGUU